UUUGAAGGAGUCAAAGGAAAGGCUGGACUUCAGAAGGAGCGGCUCAGUCUCCAGGGAGGAGUGGCUCGGUCUCCAGGGAGGAGUCAUUUCAAAUUUGGAGUGACUCCGAUUUGAUGGAGGAAAGGUGGAUUCAAGGAGUAUUUCCAGAAGUGAAGGGUAGAGAGAAAGAGACUCUGACUCCAGACUGAUGGAGGAAGGUGGAUUAAAGGAGCAGUUCUAAAAGUGAAGGUCAGAGAGAGAGAGAGAGAAUGAAUCGGCAGUGACUCCAGAUUGGUGCGGAGACUAUAUGAUUUGCAAGUGUGGGACAGCGAAAGAGCAAGAAACUGGAGUGACUCCAGAUUGGUGCAAGGAGGGUGGAUUCGAGAAGCGGUUCCAAAAGUGAAGGACAGAUAGAGACUCCAGAUUAGUGCGGAGAAGAUGUUAUUUGCAAGUGUGGGCCAUAGAGAGAAAGAAACUGGAGUGACUUCAGAUUGGUGAAGGUGAGGAAAGGGACUGGUCCUUCAGAGUGGAGCAAGAACUCCAGAGCCAUGCAGAGUUCAGAGGGUGCCUCGGAUUCUGCAACUCCUGUGGCACUGCGUACGUCGUCGUCGGUCCAAGCGCCCGUCGUUCAGCCGGUGCCGGCAUCCCAGCAGAGGGUUUUGGUCCAGGCAACAGGCUCCACACCCAAAGGAGGGCAAAUGCAACAGCUGUCCGUCCCCAGAGUCCAGCAGGUCCCGCAGCAGGUGCAAGCGGUGCAGCAUGUCUACCCAGCCCAGGUCCAGUACGUGGAGGGAGGGGAGGCUGUCUACACCAACGGGACCAUACGGGCCGCCUACUCAUACAACACUGAGACCCAGAUCUACGCCCCCAGUAGUGCCUCGUCCUACUUUGAGCCACAAGGGGGCAGCUCUCAGGUGAGCCCGGGGGCCUCCUCACCCACCACCAUCCCCUCCCACAGCAUGGUGGGCAUCGCGAUGGACAUCGGGGGGAGCCAGAUCGUCGCCGGCUCAGGAGCCUAUCUCAUCCACGGCGGGAUGGAAAACGCCAGGCACUCCCUCUCACACACCUCCCGCUCCUCCCCGGCAACGCUUGAAAUGGCGAUUGAAAAUCUCCAAAAAAACGAAGGCAUAACGUCGCACAAAAGCAGCUUACUCAACAGCCAUCUCCAGUGGCUCCUGGAUAACUAUGAGACGGCCGAAGGGGUCAGCCUGCCCCGCAGCUCCCUCUACAACCACUACCUGCGCCAUUGCCAGGAGCACAAGCUGGACCCGGUGAACGCCGCCUCCUUCGGGAAGCUGAUCCGCUCCGUCUUCAUGGGGCUGAGGACACGCCGGCUUGGCACCAGGGGAAACUCCAAGUAUCAUUACUAUGGGAUCCGUCUCAAGCCAGACUCUCCCCUCAAUCGCUUACAGGAGGACACACAGUACAUGGCGAUGAGGCAGCAGCCCAUCCACCAGAAGCCAAGGUACAGGCCUUCCCAGAAAUUGGAUGGCAUGUCAGAGGGCGGCUCUAACAGCAGCCUACACAGCACUCCGGAGCAGUCGGUUGCUGCUCAGAGUCAGCAUCACCAACAGUUCAUAGAUGUCACCCGCGUCCUUCCUGAAUUCCCAUCCCUCGACCUGGAAAAUGUUCUCCUGCAGGAGGGAAUCACCGUGAAUGAUGUCAAAACCCUCCAGCUCCUCUACAGACGGCACUGCGAGGCCAGCGUAGACGUCGUGAUGAACCUCCAGUUCCAUUACAUUGAAAAGCUUUGGCAGGCUUUCUGGAAUUCCAAGCCCCCUUCCAAUGAAGCCUCUGGCGGCGUGCCUUCCAGCGAAGAGCCGUGCGAACCGGUCAUCCCGAGACACAAGCUGGUCACCAUGUGCAAAUAUGACCCCAUCAUGAAGUGGAUGCGGAGCUGCGACCACAUCUUGUACCAGGCCCUGGUGGAGAUCCUCAUCCCAGAUGUUCUCCGGCCCGUGCCCAGCACUUUGACCCAGGCUAUUCGCAACUUCGCCAAGAGUUUAGAAGGCUGGCUAAUUAACGCCAUGACUGAGUUCCCCCAGCAGAUAAUCCAGACAAAGGUGGGCGUGGUGAGUGCCUUUGCACAGACGCUGCGUAGAUACACGUCUCUCAACCAUCUGGCUCAAGCAGCUCGCGCCGUCCUCCAGAACACCUCCCAAAUCAACCAGAUGCUUAGCGACCUCAACCGGGUGGAUUUUGCAAACGUGCAGGAGCAAGCUUCGUGGGUGUGCCAAUGUGAAGAAGGGCUGGUGCAGAAGCUGGAGCAGGAUUUCAAGCUGACCCUCCAGCAGCAGAGCUCUCUGGACCAGUGGGCCAGCUGGCUGGACAAUGUCGUCACCCAGGUCCUGAAGCACCACGAGGGCGGGCCCGGCUUCCCCAGGGCGGCCAGGCAGUUCUUGCUGAAGUGGUCCUUCUACAGCUCCAUGGUGAUUCGGGACCUCACUCUGCGCAGCGCCGCCAGCUUCGGCUCCUUCCACCUGAUCCGCCUGCUCUAUGAUGAAUACAUGUUUUACCUGGUGGAGCAUCGCGUUGCCCAGGCAACGGGGGAGACGCCCAUCGCUGUGAUGGGAGAGUUCAGCGAUCUUGCCUCCAUGUCCCCAACGCUGCUGGAUAAAGAUGACAUCAGCGACCUGAGCAGCGAGGCCGAAGCGGAUUCCCGGAGUGCUGGCGAGCCCCUCGUGAAGCGCGAACGCACCGAUCCUGGCCCCUCAUUGCAGGGGAUCUAGAACUGGGUGGGGAGGGAGGGGGACCCGCGAUGUCUCCGACUCUGCAGAAAUCCCAAAGCUUUCCGGAAUUCCAGAGCCUGGAUUUCCAACUCCUCCAGAAGAUUAGUGCCUCUUAGUUUCUUUUAGUGUUUACUUGUCUUCACAGAAGGGCCCAUGGUGCCGGUGGCCACCCACCCCAUGACGCCGGCACGUCCGUCCGCUGUGUUGCCCGACAGCAGAAACGGCAGCCAGCGCUCCCCUGGCGAGGACCGGCCGGCCCCUUUCUCCCAAGACAUGGAGCUCGCUCACACUCUCGCUCAGCCUUAAGUGACUUACUGAACAGAUGGCGGAAGUGUUCGAGAACGGAGGGGCGGGGGUCAGCAGCAGCAACCGGAUGCUCAGGCCUCUCUCGUUCAGGUUCCUCCAGCCACCACUGUGAUCCAGAUCGCCAGAAUCCAUUGCGCCUCAUGGGGGCAGGGAUGGGGUGUAUGGUGCCCCCGCCCCCGCCCCUACUUGCCAAAUAAACUUACACUGUGGGAAAGUCUUAUAUUUUCCUCCCCCCUCCGAAAUA